GCAGGAGAGGAGGAGAGCGCCGGGCCAUGCAGGGGCUCUGCCGGGGGUGGGGGCGUCCUGUUACUGGAGUCUGAGUGCAGGCACACGGCGGCGGCUCGUCACUGAGAGCCAUGGCUUCCUGAUCCCUGCCAUGGAGAAGACUGGAGAGGAUGACUGCGAGGACUCGGGAGCGGAGACCGGGGGGUCAGACUACAGCCGCAUGUCUUCUACAAGUAGUGAGCUCUCCGUAGAUGAUGUCCAGGACCCAUUCCUCGUCAGCAUCCAUAUUAUUGCAGACCCCAGUGAAUCCCGAUGUCUCCAAGGAGCUAUUGACCGAGUCCUAGCGUGGAUCCACCCUGACCUGCAGUUGUUCCGUGUCUCUGAAAGAAGGACUUCCAAGAAAAAGAAGCUGAAGCCGAGCUUUACCUCUCAACCGGCUCUUGCUAUCAUUUUGUUCUUGCAAGAGGAAUAUGGGGAGGAUCAGAUCUUGCGUGUCCACAAAUGCUUCCAAAAACCUCCCUGGCAAUUCCAUCACACUGAGCGCGUCCAUGGCAAAUUCCUCCCUUAUAUGCCGUGCAAUCAAGACUUUUUCACUUUGGCCUGUGGAACUCCUCUAUGGGCCAUCAGGCAGGUGCAUUAUGGGAAGGAAAUUAUCCGCUUUACUAUAUAUUGCAGUUACGAGAACUUUACAGACAUGAUGAAAAUGUAUGAACUCAUACUGAAAAAAUCUGUGUGGAAGAAAAAAGCUGAUUUUUGUGUAUUUCCUAUUUACUCCAAUAUGGACAUAGAAAUAGAAUUGUCUUUAAAGAGGCUUCUUAAAGGCCAAACCCCUCUGCCCCUGGAAUCCUCUUUACUGGAGUUUAGGGUAAAAGACUUUGGACAGCUUGUUCCUCUCUUGCCCAACCAGUGCAGCCCUAUCAGCGAGGGCAGAUGGCAGACGGAAGAUCAUGAUGGCAAUAAAAUACUGUUACAGCAGGUUCAUCGCUUGACCAGAAAGUCAGUAUGGAAACAUCAAAGGUAUUUGUCCAGAAACUCAGCCGGGACAGCACCAUUUAUAAGCAUGAUUCCUCGCACUCAUAAGAAGAAAUAUGACAAAACGCACCUGAGCAACGGAACAGUUCCAGGACUUAGAACAUCUGAUCAAAACUGCUCUAAACCCCCAGCUGACUUUACCCCGAGUUCUAAUGGUAUGCCACAAUGGUUUCAGAGAAGCAAGUCCUUGGUAUGCCUACCAACACUGAACUCUUUUCCAUCAUGCGAGUCUUUCCCUUUCAGCGAGCCCCCUCAUUUUUAUCAGCAUGACCCUCAAGAGCUUCAUUCAUCUGUAUGGAGGAGCAGUCCAAGGAUAAACAUUGAUGACCUGGAAGGGGUACAAGAGACCGAUGUGGACACAGGAAUGAAGCUUUCAAGUUCAGACCUGUCUGUUGUGUCAGCCUAUUCACCCCUAGAUGGACUCUCUAGUGACUUACAAGCAUCUCUCCCUUCUCCUGGCGAAUUAAAUUUUGAGAAAUCAUCAUCAAGGAAUAAGCUCUGUGAGCUUUCAUACGAGUCAUUCAAUUCAGUUUCUGAAUCUUCCUGUUCUUUGGUAUCUUCAGUGUUCCCCAGCAGUUUGGGCUGCAAUUCUCUGACAGAAUCCCAGAAGGACAUUGAAAGCCAUUACCUAAAUAAUAUUGAGGCCACCACGCAUCCAGCAAAGGAGGAGACCUUCGAAGAGGAAGAAUUUUAUAUCUGAUUUUGGGUCAAUUCACCCAGUGGCUUAUGUGUGUUUUUCUUAUAGGAUAAGACAACUGCCUUGAAGACUUGACUUUUUUCCUUGUGCAUAUAGUAAAAAGAGACCAUUUUUUUAUGUAGUAGUUUAAAUUGGGUUCUCCACUCUACACAAUCCCUAUUUGUUAGAAGGGUCACUUGACAAAAGGCUGACCACAAAGUGUCUCCACUGGUGAGAUCCCUAGCAGUCAGGUGUAAACCUGACAGCAAGUGUUCAGUUUCCCUACAGUGCCUCCACAGGGGAAAUUAAAUAUUACAUCUAAUACCCAUUCCUAUGAAUUGGUUGUCUGUAUAAUGUAGGACAAGUCCCCCAGUGCAAGAAACACUUUUUGGAACUGCUCUCCGUUUUGGCCUAAAGAUGGGGAGCCUAAACAUGGGAUCCCCUGUAAUAAUUCAGAAUUGUCUAAUAUGGUACAGGUGUUUAACAGGCUAGAUAACCUCUUUAACUUUUGGUAAAUGUUUCAGAUAAUAUUAGGAAAUAUUUGGCAAUAUGUUGCUCACUAUAUUUUUUACUGUGACCCCAUUCAUGGCUGCCUAGUCCUUCUUUUUUUUUUUCUUUUUUUUUUAAGACCCUUUUGUACCCAACAGACUAUAGAAUUCCAUCUUCUGAAUGUAUAAGCUUUCUAUAACCUACUAAUGGAUGUUCUUCUGCCCUGAAUGUUAUUUAGGCGAUCCCAUAACCUUAGAACAUUGUCUAACACAAUAGAAUAUUAUGAUGUUUUGAUAUAUGUGAUAAUUUUCUAUACUUUAAAGGUUUUUUUUCUGGUGUGAAAUGUAGGUGACUUUUUUAUGAUGUGACACCUGCACAGAAUUUAAAUUAUUCUUCAGAUUUUCACAACGUGAGCUGCUAGGAGCACAGAGGACGAUGUAGAUUCCAGUGAUGUGUGCCUUAUCCUAUUGUCAUCAGAACUGUACAGAUUGACUGAAACAAAGGCUAUCGUUUCAGGGAUAAAUGAAUAACCUGUAUCCAAACUGCUAUCUGAAUAAAUAUUUGGA